CCCGCCGCCGACCGCAGGACCGCGCGCUCCGGGUCCGCACCCCGCCCCGGCCCCGCCCCGGCCCCGCCCCCGGCCCGCUAUUUCUAGGGCAUUGGCCGCGCCGCUGGGGGAGCCCUCCGGGCUCAAGUUGCAAGGGGGCGGGCCCGGCCGGAGGUGGAGUCGGCCUCCCAUUGAAGCCUCGGCUAUAAAUCGAGCUCCCCGCACGGCCAAGUCCAGAUGCCUCGACAGGCCGCCCGGCGCCUGGUGUGGCGAGAAGGCAGCGGGUCCCCGGGGGUCUCGGGGGCGGCCGUCACCAUGCUCCGCUCCCUGUUGCUUCACUCCCUGCGGCUCUGCGCCCAGACGGCCUCGUGCCUCGUGCUCUUCCCGCGCUUCCUGGGCACGGCCUGCAUGCUCUGGCUGCUGGACUUCCUGUGCAUCCGCAAGCAUUUCCUGGGCCGCAGCCGCCACGGGCCGCCCGAGCCCGAGGCGGAGGUCAACAGCGACGGCGAGGAGGUGGCCCCCGAGGACCCCCCGCUCUGCGUGUCCGACGACAACCGCCUGUGCACCCUGGCGUCGCUGAAGGCCGUGUGGCACGGCCAGAAGCUGGAUUUCUUCAAGCAGGCGCACGAGGGCGGGCCGGCGCCCAACUCCGAGGUGGUCCUGCCCGACGGCUUCCUGAGCCAGCACAUCCUCGACUACGCCCGAGGGAGCCGCCCGCUGGUGCUCAAUUUCGGCAGCUGCACCUGACCGCCGUUCAUGGCGCGCAUGAGCGCCUUCCAGCGCCUGGUCACCAAGUACCAGCGCGACGUCGACUUCCUGAUCAUCUACAUCGAGGAGGCGCACCCCUCCGACGGCUGGGUCACCACCGACUCCCCGUACAGCAUCCCGCAGCACCGAAGCCUGGAGGAGCGCGUGAGCGCGGCGCGCAUGCUACAGCAGGGCGCGCCCAGCUGCGCGCUCGUCCUGGACACGAUGGCCAACUCCAGCAGCUCGGCGUACGGCGCCUACUUUGAGCGCCUGUACGUCAUCCAGAGCGGCACCAUCGUGUACCAGGGCGGCCGCGGCCCUGACGGGUACCAGGUCUCCGAGCUGCGCUCCUGGCUGGAGCACUACGACGCGCAGCUGCGGGGAGCUCAGCGCCCCGCGGUAUAAGCUUCCGAGGGACUCCCGAGGUUGGCUCUCUGUGCUGAGAGCGAUCGAAGUCCCGCGUUGCCGGUACCCCCGGGGGAACUCGGGCUUGGCCGGGGCCCAGAGACCGAGCUCGGGGCUGCAGACUGAUUACGUGUCCUGGGCCAAGCCCCCCAAAGACUCCGUCCCCGCCGGGACUCUGCUGCUCUGACCGACCCGCCCCGGGGCCCUGGGGGCUGCCUGGCUCACUCCACACCCCCUCCUGAGGGAGGAUGUGGGGCCAUCCUUGCCCGCGUGCCGGGGACGCGUCUCGACCGGGCCUGCGCCCUCGCACCCCCUCCCCAGGCCCAAGAGCCGACGCGCGGCGCCAGGACGCCGAGAUCCGCUCGGAGACCUCGGCCGCCUUUGCGCGCCCUGGGCGCAGCUGCGUUCCUGCGGCGCGCGGCGCUCACCAGUUGCCUGGCACCCACACCUGCGCCGCUGCUCCUGAGACUGUUUCUUGUCCCUGCGUCGGGAGAGGGGACUGGGGAAGGGGAGGGGGCGGGCAGAGCUGUUUCCCCCCCUCAUUUUGGGUGCGCCGGAGCCUCGCCGCUGAUGACGAAUCCUCUCUAACUGGUCUCGACCACGAGCUGCUUCCGAACUGCAGGGGCUUACGGCAGCGCCUAAAAGGAGAAGGGGAAAGCGCCCUGCGUCUCCGCGGGGCAGAGGGAGGGCAGGGGGCCUCGGCACCCCCCGGAGGGGACGAGGCUUUGGCAGGUCAGCGGUGCCCCAGGGAGCAGGGGCCACCGCGGUUGGUUUCUGGACCACCGGGUCUGCUG